UUUCGUGGGCUAUGUUUUUAGGGUUUCGCUGGUCCUCCCCGCGCUGUAGAUAGAUUCGCGCGCGUUUUCCUUUGCUCAGCGCCGGGAGCUGGAUCGCGCGAUCUAGCCUAGCAGCGGUGUGGAAAUAUGGGAAAUGCGAUCGCAGCGAUGGCGAUCUAGGGGCGGUCCAUGAGCAGCAGCUCCGCCGCCUCGACUAGCUCCAGGAAUCUCGUCCUCGGCAGCGUCGCGGUUGCGGAUUGCGAUUGGUGUGGCUGCUGCUCGCCGCUGUGCGCCAGGAUUAUGAGUUCCGCGGCGCGGCUGAGGCGGCGCGUCCAUCACAGCGAUGUGGGAGGGAAGAAAUUCGAGCGCGUUCUCUCCAGUGGAUCCGAUGGAUUGAGCGAGCCCCUUCUUGGAGGUGGAGACGAUGAGUAUUUUGAAGAUUGGAAGGAGAAGAAGAGAAGGGAGGAGCAUGAAUGGUCGCAGAUUUUCACUCGGCUCCUUGCUCAAUGGAGCCAAUGGCUGUCAAUCGUGCUUUUAGGCUCGGGAUCCUUGCUUGGUGACAUGAUCAAUCGUGUUUUGUAUCGUCGAGACGAAGGUAUCGUGCAUAUCGAUCUAACACCUGUACAGGAAGAACGGCUUCACAAGCUCCAGAAACGCUUGCAAGUUGCUUUUGAUGGAAGCAAUUCCAAACACGCGGAAGCACUGGUAGCGCUGUGGCACGAGGCUUUCCCUGGCCGUCUCUUCGAUGGUUUGAUCACGGAGAAGUGGAAAGAAAUGGGAUGGCAAGGCACGGAUCCUUCGACGGAUUUCAGAGGUGGUGGAUUCAUUUCCCUGGAAAAUCUGCUCUUUCUAGCGCAGCGCUAUCCGAGAUCGUUUUCGAAGCUGCUGCACAAAGAGGAGGGCCAGCGAUCCGAGUGGGAGUAUCCGUUUGCGGUGGCAGGCAUUAACGUGUCUUUCAUGCUUAUCCAGAUGCUCGACCUUCGAUCAGAAAAGCCGAGCUCUCUAUCCGGACUGAAAUUCGCGAAGAUCUUGGCCGAAGACGAGCAAGCUUUUGACGUGCUGUACUGCGUAGCGUUUGAGAUGAUGGAUGCACAGUGGCUGGCAAUGCGUGCUUCCUACAUGGAGUUUAACGCUGUCCUAAGCGCAACCCGUUCUCAGCUCGAGCGUGAGUUGUCUCUAGAUGAUGUCUACCGAGUUCAGGACCUCCCCGCAUACACACUCUUGUGCAGAUGAUUUUUAAUCUCGGAAAAUGGACAAACUAUGACUCUAAAACUUAAUAUUUGAAUCGGUCCAUCUUGUGUAUUAUUAUUA